GUGUGACUUUAAACUUCAAACAUGGCGGAGGAGAGAACGACUGAUGUUGGUGGCAGAACAGUUCCUGAUUUUGGAAAGAUGUAUCAUGUCAAAGGUGAGCUGAAUUUGCCUUAUUCUGGAGAUUCUGAUAUAAAGGAACCGUUUGAAGUUUGGUACGACCUCGAGGGGAACAGAAGUCGCAUCGACUAUUAUGAUAGUACAGUGCGCACUUUUCUGAUUGGAAACGACUUGGAUUAUGGCGUCAUUUACACAUCGGUCAUCCCUGACACCGAAAUAAAGGAUACUAUUAAGUAUUUCCAGCUUAAAGGAACAAAGGAGGAUCCAAUACAUCCACAGGCGGCACUGCCUGAUCUGCAGGGCUUUGAAUUUGAGAAGAUGGAGGAUUACUCAGGCGUUCAGUGUGAGGUCUGGAAGAAGGUCACACAGGCUGGUCAUAAGAAGAACACAUAUCGUCUGUGGGUCAAACGUCCAGAGGGAAGUGAUUCCCCAGCCGUCCCGUACCACUUUGAGAUGGAGGGCUUCAACACUCUUUUGGAGUCCCACAAUGACAAAUACAUGAUUGACUACAGUGACUUCAGCUCACAAACUGAAUCGGACAUUUUCACACCCCCUGGAGGAAUGACCUAUGAGGAGUUUCCGGAUCCUCCUGAGGAGCAUCAAAUAUUGGCCAAUCCCCUUCAAGACUAUGUCAGCACCUCCCCUGUUAGCCACGCCCACCGAUUAUUCGGCCCCUUUAAGGAGAAGUUUGAGCGUCAGUAUGAAAGUGAGAAGGAGCACGAGGAGCGCGAGAACAACUUUGUACAUAAUCUUCGGCUUGUGCACUCUGAAAACAGAUCCGGUCUUUCAUACGGCCUCGGUAUCAAUGACUUCGCUGAUUGGUCAAAGGCAGAGAUGGGCAUGAUGAGAGGAGGUUUAUGUGUUCCAGAAUAGAUAAAGGCUGUUACAAUAUAGUCCUCACACAUUUCUUUGAGUCUGUUGCCAGUGUAUGUAUUAACAAGUAGCUCAACUAACUUAAACUGUCCGCUGAUGAGAAAAGUGGUAUUUUCAUCUUUUCAGAACUACAACACUGAAUCAGUAAUGUGCAUGGAAAGCAUCCACCAACCAGUGAAUAACUCUUUUCUAUGAACAGUACGCAUCUAAAACAUCAAAAACACAGAAUUAGCUGCUGCGGGAAAAGUGCACAUCCCAAGGUGUCAUAGACAAAAUAAUGCUUUUUAUUAAUUUGUGUUUAUAUAAGUAUCUGUAAAUGUUAGAAAGCCACGCGAGUAUUUCCAUUUUGCAUAAGGCUUGUCAUGACAGCAAGCGAGUGUCCGUUAAACUUCACAGACUUCACUGAAGGAGCGUCAAACAACUGAGUGCAACAAUAGAAGUGCAAUAAUUCUGAUGAAAAUAUAUAUUUUGCUGCUUUAAAUAUGCAUUUUGUUGGACAUUAAAUGUAUGUUUGAAAUGUUACAUGUAACAAUACUAACUUUUUUAUGAGAGCAGUUGCUGUAGGGAAUGGAGUAUAAAUAUAGUGUAGGCCUACUACUCCUAUUACUAUGAUCAUAUGAAUGAGUGUGUGUUUAAUCUGUGCUUUUGUUUUUCUUCAUUACUGCAAGUUUUGGAAUGUAAUGUUUAUCUUUGAACCUCUUUUGCACAAUGUAUCGCAUAGCCUAAAUUUUUCUGUUAUAGCCUUAAAUUUAUUGUUUUAAGGACAACAUUGAGUAAGAUGUGGAAUAACUUUUUUGUUUUAAUUAAAACACUGAAAAUAAAAUGUAGCUUUAUUUAAAUCCAAUUAUUUGAAGACAUAAUAAACAGAUUAAUCAUUUAUCAAAAUCAUUGUUAAAUGCAGCCCCACAUCUUUUUCUAAAUCAUCUUUUGAAUAAGUGCAUUUGGUUAAAAUGGAGAUUCUUCAUUUUCAAGUUAUUUUGCAAAAUGUAUCAUUGUCAAUGUAUGGCUUGAAGUCUGUUUGCUUGACAUUUCAACUGAUUAAAACAACACUGUGCAAUAAAUAAGUUUUGAUACUGAUAA